AUGGUAUGUGUAAGAAUUGUUUCAUACUCUAUACUUAUAAAUAGAUCUCCAACUGCCCCAUUUGCUGCUAAGAAAGGGGUUCGACAAGGGGACAUGUCCCCUUACUUAUUUGUGCUAUCAAUGGAAUAUCUUACUAGGCUAUUGAAAAAUUUGAGAACAACCCCUGAUUUUCAGUAUCAUCUGAGGUGUAAAAAAUUAAACAUCAUACAAUUGAGCUUUGCGGACGAUCUGUUAUUGUUUUGUAAAGGAGAUAAGGCAUCUACAUCAAGGUUAUAUGAAUGUUUUCAAGUAUUUUCUCAUGCGUCUGGCCUUAUAGAAAAUCAGAGUAAGAGUAGCAUAUACUUUGGAGGGGUUCCGGAGCCCAUUAAACAAAGUAUCAUUCAAACACUUGGUUUCUUGAUAGGGAAGUUGCCAUUCAAAUAUCUUGGGGUCCCUUUGAGUUCCAAGAAACUUACUGUAGCUCAAUGUCAACCCCUCCUUGAGAAGAUGCUUGGAAGAAUCACUAGCUGGACAACUAAAUUUCUAUCUUAUGCAGGCCGCUUGCAACUGUUGAGGAGUGUCCUGAUAGCAGUGAAAUAUUUUUGGUCCCAAAUGCUCCCUCUGCCUAAGAAAAUCCUACAAAAGAUAGAAACAGUGUGUCGGAAGUUUCUUUGGACAGGUGCAGCCGAGGCAAAAAACAAAGCCCUUGUGGCAUGGGACCAACUUUGCUGGCCUAGGACUGCUGGUGGGCUGAACAUUACUGAUGUGCAUACAUGGAAUAAAGCUGCAAUAGUGAAGCAACUAUGGAAUCUUAGCAAGAAGAAGGAUAAGCUCUGGGUAAUGUGGGUACACACAUACUAUAUAAAAGGGAGAGCAGCUUGGGAUGUGAUUACCAAACAGGCCUCUUGGCUAAUCCAAAAAAUCCUGCAGGCUGCGAAAUAUCUCACUGAGGCAAAUCUGGACAAGGUGACAAUCCUGCAGGCUGAUAAUUAUUCUAUCCGAGAUGUAUAUAAUCAGCUUAGGGGCGACUACCCAAAAGUUGAGUGGAGGAGGCUUAUAUGCAACAACCAUGGCAGUCCUAAAUGGAUCUUUGUGUUAUAUUUAGCAAUCCAUUGUCGAAUGUAUACACGAGAUCGACUGGAUAAAUGGGGAAUCCAAAGGAGCUUACUAUGCCCGCUAUGUGAGGUGGAGAAGGAGGAUCACCAACGUAUAUUCUUUGUCUGA